UGCGCUCCCCGCGCGCCCAGUGAGCCCCCGCCCGGCCCGGCCCGGCCCGCCGGCCCCAUGAGGGAGUACAAGGUGGUGGUGUUGGGCAGCGGCGGCGUGGGCAAGUCCGCCCUGACCGUGCAGUUCGUCACCGGCACCUUCAUCGAGAAGUACGACCCCACCAUCGAGGACUUCUACCGCAAGGAGAUCGAGGUGGACUCGUCCCCCUCGGUGCUGGAGAUCCUGGACACCGCCGGCACCGAGCAGUUCGCCUCCAUGCGGGACCUCUACAUCAAGAACGGGCAGGGCUUCAUCCUGGUCUACAGCCUGGUCAACCAGCAGAGCUUCCAGGACAUCAAGCCAAUGAGGGACCAGAUUGUCCGAGUGAAGAGAUAUGAAAAAGUUCCUCUAAUCCUAGUGGGGAAUAAAGUGGAUCUGGAAUCUGAGAGGGAGGUCUUAUCUGCAGAAGGCAGAGCUUUGGCUCAGGAGUGGGGCUGUCCAUUCAUGGAAACAUCGGCCAAGAGUAAAACCAUGGUGGAUGAACUGUUUGCUGAGAUCGUCAGGCAAAUGAACUAUGCGUCCCUGCCUGAAAAACAAGAUCAGUGUUGUACAACUUGCAUCGUCCAGUGAGAAAAAAUAAAGAAAAACCUCAAUCAUGGCCAUACAGAGCAG